CAGGGUGGUGAGAUAGUUCCUUGACCAAGGAUUGAACUGGAGCCCUUGGGAUUGAAAGCACCAAGCCCUAACCACUGGACCACAGGGAAUUUCCUGAAAAUUACUUCUAAUGUGCAGAAGGUGGAGGAAAAGUAGUGGGGGCUGGCUUGGCUCCUCACAGCACUGAGCGAGAAGGGAACAGCAGCAGAGACCACAGGCCAAGGGGCCAACGCUGGAAGGACACCCAACACAGAGCCUUGUGAGACAGAGUGUCAGCCCCGGAAGAGAGGUGCUGAGGUUGAAGAGGGAGGAAGACGCUGAGCAUGCUGUACAGGCAGCCAGGCGAAGGGGGCCUCCUCUUGGACGGACUCCUAUCAGUGUCUAUGUAGGUCCCACUAUGUGUUUCCUGAAACUUGGGUCCCAGUGUUAUCCAUUCCAGAACAUUCCAUCAUUAUGAAUAACAGGCUGUGAGAAGUUAAUCUUCCUCUCCAGCAGCAGCUUUGUUUCGUUUCUGUUCUGAGAGGAAGCCAAAAGGAGAAGACCCCAAGCGGCCAUGAGCUCUGCCAUCACCACCUGUGAGCACCCCAACCCCUUGCAGAGGGGUGAUGGUGUGCUCAGCUCCCAUGAAGGUGACCAAGGCAGGAAGAAGGAUGGCCAGCUCAAGAGUCCCAGCAGGAGCCACCUGGCUUAUGGUAUCCUGGAUAGCCCACCAUGGUAUCUCUGCAUCUUCUUGGGGAUCCAGCACUUCCUCACGGCCCUAGGGGGGCUUGUGGCAGUGCCGCUCAUCUUGGCUAAGGACCUGUGUUUGCAGCAUGAUCCCCUGACCCAGAGCUACCUCAUCAGCACCAUUUUCUUCGUCUCUGGCAUCUGCACUCUCCUGCAAGUAUUUUUAGGAAUCAGGCUGCCCAUUCUCCAGGGAGGGACCUUUGCUUUCUUGGGACCCUCCCUGGCCAUGCUGUCUCUUCCCACCUGGAAGUGCCCCGCGUGGACACUCAAUGCCAGCCAGGUGAACACCAGCUCACCUGAAUUCACUGAGGAAUGGCAGAAGAGGAUCCGAGAGCUGCAGGGAGCCGUCAUGGUUGCCUCCUGUGUCCAGAUGCUGGUGGGCUUCUCAGGCCUCAUUGGCUUCCUCAUGCGCUUCAUCGGCCCCUUGACCAUUGCUCCCACAAUCUCCCUGAUGGCCCUGCCUCUCUUCGAUUCUGCGGGUGAUGACGCCGGGACCCACUGGGGGAUUGCUGCCACGACCAUCUUCCUCAUCGUGCUGUUUUCUCAGUACCUGAAAAACAUCGCAGUGCCCGUGCCCGUUUAUGGACGAGAGAAGAAGUCUCACGCCUCUAAGUUCUACCUGUUUCAGAUCUUCCCUGUACUGCUGGGGCUCUGCAUCUCGUGGCUGCUCUGCUUUGUGCUCACAGUCAGCGACGCCCUCCCUUCAGCACCCACAGCCUACGGGUAUCUGGCCCGCACUGACACCAAAGGCAACGUCCUGAGCCAGGCUCCGUGGUUUCGCUUCCCUUACCCAGGACAGUGGGGCCUCCCCACCGUCAGCCUGGCUGGGGUCUUUGGGAUCAUUGCAGCGGUAAUCUCCUCAAUGGUGGAGUCAAUAGGCGAUUAUCAUGCCUGUGCCCGCCUGGUGGGGGCACCACCCCCUCCAAAGCAUGCCAUCAACCGAGGCAUCGGCAUCGAGGGCCUGGGCUGCCUGCUGGCAGGGGCCUGGGGGACAGGGAAUGGCACCACCUCCUACAGCGAGAAUGUGGGUGCACUCGGCAUCACCAGGGUAGGAAGCAGGGUGGUGAUUGUCGCUGCGGGCUGCGUGCUGCUCCUGAUGGGCAUAUUUGGGAAGAUCGGGGCUGCAUUUGCCACCAUCCCGACACCCGUGAUCGGAGGCAUGUUCCUGGUGAUGUUCGGGGUCAUCACUGCCGUGGGGAUUUCCAAUCUCCAGUACGUGGACUUGAACUCACCCAGAAACCUCUUCAUCUUCGGCUUCUCCAUCUUCUGUGGGCUUGCCAUUCCCAACUGGGUGAACAAGAACCCAGAGAGGCUCCACACAGGGAUUCUUCAGCUGGACCAAGUCAUCCAGGUGCUGCUGACCACGGGCAUGUUUGUUGGUGGAUUUCUGGGAUUCCUGUUGGACAACACCAUCCCUGGAAGUCUGGAGGAGAGAGGCCUUCUGGCAUGGAGUCAAGUCCAGGAGGAGUCUGAGGAGACUACGAAGGCCUUGGAGGUCUACGGCCUCCCCUGGGGGAUCGGCACCAGGUUCUGCACGUCCUCCUGUGCCCAGUACCUCCCCUUCUGGCCCAAGGAAGGCGAGGUGGGAGUGCGCGACCUCUCGCUCUGCCCCUGGGACUCAGAAGAGGGGCCCCGGAGGGCCACAGACACCCGGAUGUGAGAAGGCUCCUUCUGCACCGCCCCCACCCAGUGUGCUCCUCGCCCCACCCACCAUGGGAGGUACCCUGUCGACCUGAGCGUCUCUGCACCCCACACGUGGUGGCAGAGUUAGAUAAGUGUUAGAUUAAGGCCAGGGCAAGCGUGCUGUGACCCCCGUCAGCGAGUCACUGAGGUCUAGACUCAAGCUACAUCCUUACACCGUGCUCAGCCCUCCCGUCUCCAGGGUAAACCAGGGCAGCCCGGUGUCCACGCAGAAAGCCUCUAGGCAGUAUUUUGAUGCGUUGGGAGGCAGAGGCUUUGGGUGGGGUAGGGAACAGAGAUGGGGCUGUUAGCUGAAAGGUGACAGUAACAUUUCUCUUCCUCCGCAAAGAAGUAUGAGGCCUGCUGACCCCUCCCAUGCAGGUUCCUCCCAUCCAGAUUCCUCCCAAUCAGGCCCCUCCCCUCCAGGCCCCUGCCACUGGGAAACGCUGAGCUUGUGCUAAGUCAUUCCGUCGUGUCCGACUCUGUGCAACCCUAUGGACUGUAGCCCGCCAGGCUCCUCUGUCCAUGGGACUCUCCAGGCAAGAAUACUGGGGUGGGUUGCCAUUUCCUCCCCCAGGGGAUCUUUGCCCCC